AUGUCCGAACCUGCUCCGCCUACUUUUCCCGUCGUCGAUGAACAAGUCAAUCCUGUCGAUGUUGACCAGCCCUGCAAGUGUCACGCUAUACAACCUGUCGAAUCGAACGUCCCCUUCCUCAGUGAUCCACAUAUUGAACGUUUACUCUUGGGCGACAUUCCCCUCUUUUCCGUAAAACCGCCCGCACCUCUCAACGUACAAGAGAUCAAGGAGGAGAUCCAAGAAUCUCCCUCCGUCCCAAUCGCUGAUAUCCUUGAAGAAGGUGGUGGAGAAUCAAGGACGAAAUCGGUGGAUUUGGGGGAAGAUAGAGGGGUGUUCGAGUUGGCCUGGAGGAGGGUGACCGGUUGGUUGAGCCAAUGGCGUGGUGCAGAACCAUAUUGGUCUCCUGAAGAAGCAGAGGUAGUGGAUGAGAAGGGUGAGGGCUCGUUGCCAGAAGUUGAAGCAUUGCCUCAGGAGGGAAUCAAUGUGGGGGAGAAGGAAUUGGACGAAGGGCUCAAAGUGGCUGUGGAACCGGAAACCCAGCCUGCGAUUGGGGAAGAAACCUUUGUCGUCAAGGCUGAAGAGGGCGAGGAAGUUGUGCCUGUGGAUCAUGAACCUUCCAAAGGGGAUGUCUAA